AGGUAUCACUCGGUCAAGGGUCGUGGCCCGGGGAUAUCAUCGAGUUGAUAGGAUCCUUAUCUCGUUCCAUAUGAGAUCAAGGCUUUCUACUCACAAUAUAAGAAGGCAAGGCAUCACGCCCUUGCUACUUAUUGUUUUCCACUCAUUUACGAUCUCUUCUCACCAUGGCUUGUCCUGACACCGUUACGACUAAGAAUCUGUCAGGAAAACUCAGACUCGUGGGUCCUUACUUUGAUGCACUAUCGCAUAACGCUCACGAUAUAUCGCAGAAUAAAGCGCUGAGCGACGACAUUGAUGACACAUUGAAACUUCAGGGCGUUGGCUACAUAAAGCGUACUGCUAUUGCCAACUUCACCCUUACACUGGAACCCACCCAAUUCACGGACGAUGACGGUGUGGAGCACGUUAAUGUUAAACAGACACUCUCGGGAGGCUUCAAAGCUCCUGCAGACAGUCUACUUUUGAAUGGUCAGGAGGUUUCCAAGGAGGAUUCCCUCUUCGGGCAUCUGAUCGCCAAAAGUUGGCGUUCAAAGGUCGAGGAUCUUGAUAUCGAUUUCUUGAAGGAAGGUUGGUCGGAGGAUACCCUCGUGGAUGGCGUCAUUGCCGGUGUCGUGAAAAGUGACACCGCCAAGUCCGGGAGGGACUGGGUCAUAAAUGUGGUUUGGGGUUUCGUCAUCCUCGAAGGUGUCAGGAGAUUUGCCCGGCGCUUCAGAUUCACCACGAAGGAAAGGUCUGAACCGAUCGACGUCAAACUGUACUACGACUAUGUGGAGUGAGCCUUUACAAGAACAAAUCAAACUGUGCCUGUACAAUGUGUAUAAUGAAGUUGCAUGCAAUUGAUCGAUUUAUCCUUGUGUUGGGUCUGAGGAGAGAAAAAAUUAAGACGAGCACAUCUGUCCGAGUUCUCCGUGAUAAGCUGUUGAACGAGCAAGGCCGACAACUGAAUAUGUAUUAAUCCAGCAGCUUGGGAUGUAGUAUGUGACAUGACAAGUCUUUUCGUUGAUUAGUAUAGAUCAUGUCGAUUUUUACCGGUUCAUAGACUGACACGUACAUACGCUCACGCCGUUGGCUGACAACUUGAAGCACUGGAUUCUUU